UUUGAAACGGCAGUGCUUUUUGUUCGUGUGGAGCGUUAGCUCGUUGCGAGGUCUAGAUUGUGGUUUAGAAAAGUUUAGUUUUAAUUUAUAAAGAACUCAAUCAAAAUGAGCUGGCAAGAUUAUGUCGAUAAACAGUUAAUUGCAUCCAGAUGUGUUUCUAAAGCUGCGAUUGCCGGUCACGACGGAAAUGUCUGGGCCAAGUCGGAAGGCUUCGAUAUAUUAAAAGACGAAGUGGGGAAGAUAGUCGCCGGUUUCCAAAAUGAAUCACUACUCACGAGUGGCGGUGUCACGAUAGCGGGCACGCGGUACAUCUACCUCAGCGGCACAGAUCGCAUCAUACGCGCAAAACUCGGCAAGGUCGGCGUGCACUGCAUGAAGACACAACAAGCCGUCGUAAUUUCUCUCUAUGAAGAACCGAUCCAACCCCAACAAGCUGCAUCAGUAGUGGAGAAGUUAGGAGACUAUUUAAUUACCUGUGGUUAUUAAAGAUCGAAACGCGCCGUGAUCUAAGAAUACUAUAAGAUAAUAUUUUUUCCACAGGGAAAUAAGUAACUGCAUUUUGUAUAUUCUAUAAAAGUGAUAAGGACCGUCAUUUGUUUUGAUAUUUGAUAAAUUAUGGCGCCAUCAGUGUCUGAUGCGUUUAGCGGCCACUUGGCGACGCAAUUACUUUGCGGAUAUUGGAUUUUUUAUACGCUCACCUGCUCCACGGAGUAAUUGUCUCUGCAGGAUGGCAUUUAUUUGUAUUUGGAAAUUUUUGCUUUCGUCGACCUAACGCGCGGCGAGGCUAUGUACGGCCUCGCGGAGAGGUCUCAAAGCAUGGUGUAUAGAGAUUUUUUUUAGAUUUCUUUUCAAGCAGUCUGAUAAUAAUCUUAUCUUUACAUCUCGCUUAAAACUUAAAAAUCCAAGUAAUUCACUGUGGUUACGAGAAUUUUAUAUUAUAUUUAUGAAAUCGUAAAACCUCGAGCGAAACAUACCAGACGCUUGAAAUGAAAUUAUAAUAACCACGUAAUGAAAUUACUGUAACGAUAUAUAUGUAAUUACAAAUAGGCAUUUGUGUAAGGGCUUGUUACGAAUUGAAAGACACUGUAACCCAAGAUGCAUGUGACAAUUUGAAUUGAAAAUCUCUAGUCGCACUGGAACCAUCGUGUGAGAACUGUCGUUCGCUAUGCUUCCCUUUUCAUUGUGCUGCCUGUAACCUUGUGUAGUGAAUAAUAAACAUUUGCAUUCUGUUCAAUACUAUCUCUUGUCUGCAGAAACUAGAAGCGCUCAAUUAUAAUCCUGUAUCCUCAAUACAAGGCUUACAGUAAUCGAAGGGUGCAUAUUGUUUAUAUUUGAUAUUACUACUAUAGCUUUGUACAUUGUUUCUGAUAAGCGAUGGGAACUGUGUCUAUCUAAUAAUAAAAUGAUUUGUAUUAUAAA